UGACUUGCUCUAUGCCAGUAGUGGAGAUAUCCCAGGGCUCACAACUCUUUAUCAUUCAUUGAGAACAUUCCUACCUAUAGGUGAUCUAGGCACCAUGCUGCGUGUGAGGUGUGUGAGAGGAGGAAGCAGGGGAGCUGAAGCUGUUCACUACAUAGGAUCUAUGCUGAGGAAAGGCCUCGUUGGAUGGGUGCAGCGAACUUUCCAGAGCACCCAGGCAGCUGCAGCAACCCAAAAAGUCUGCACUGCCGAUGAAACGGUCCCCCAGGACUGUCCUGUCUCCUCUUACAAUGAAUGGGACCCACUGGAGGAAGUCAUUGUGGGGAGACCAGAAAAUGCAAAUGUUCCUCCAUUUACAGUAGAAGUGAAGGCAAACACGUAUGAAAAGUACUGGCCUUUUUACCAGAAGCAUGGAGGACACGGAUUUCCUCAGGAACACGUGAAGAAAGCUGUACAGGAGAUCGAGGAAAUGUGCAAUAUUUUACGACUUGAAGGCGUUACUGUACAGAGGCCUGAAGUAAUCGAUUGGUCAGUUCAGUACAAAACACCUCAUUUCGAAUCUUCAGGUUUAUAUGCUGCUAUGCCUAGAGACAUUCUGCUGGUUGUUGGUAACGAGAUUAUUGAAGCCCCCAUGGCAUGGAGAUCCCGCUUCUUUGAAUACUCUGCCUACCGUCCUCUAAUAAAGGAUUAUUUCCGCCGUGGGGCAAAGUGGACCACUGCACCCAAACCAACAAUGGCUGAUGAACUCUAUGACCAGGAAUACCCUAUCCGUACUGUAGAAGACCGGCACAAGCUUGCUGCUCAGGGGAAAUUUGUUACUACAGAAUUUGAGCCCUGUUUUGAUGCUGCUGACUUCAUGAGAGCUGGGAGAGAUAUAUUUGCACAGCGAAGCCAGGUGACAAACUACCUCGGAAUUGAAUGGAUGAGCCGACAUCUGGCACCAGAGUACAAAGUGCAUGUCAUCUCAUUUAAGGAUCCUAAUCCUAUGCAUAUUGAUGCCACCUUCAAUAUUAUUGGACCAGGCCUUGUGCUUUCUAACCCAGAUCGACCCUGCCAUCAGAUUGAACUGUUCAAGAAGGCUGGCUGGACUGUGGUCACUCCCCCCACUCCACUCAUCCCAGAUGAUCAUCCUCUGUGGAUGUCCUCAAAAUGGCUCUCAAUGAAUGUCUUAAUGUUGGAUGAGAAACGUGUAAUGGUGGAUGCCAAUGAGACUUCCAUUCAUAAGAUGUUUGAGAAAUUAGGCAUCUCCACCAUUAAAGUGAGUAUUCGCCAUGCGAAUUCAUUAGGAGGAGGAUUCCAUUGCUGGACUUGUGAUGUUCGUCGCCGUGGAAGCCUUCAAUCCUAUUUCAGCUAAUAAAUAAAGCUGGAAAUUAGUUGUACAUCAGCUUAUUAGCUCCUCGUUUUGUAUACAAAGCUAUUAUCACAAUGUAGCCUUUGCAGGACGACCUGCAAACUUUUAGGCCAUGAAAGGGUUUAGUGACAAAGAUAAUUAUUUAUCCCUCUAAAAUUGAGCUUUUUUUUAAGACCUGAGAAAAUGCUGAGUGAUGCAUUAUUUUGCUGCUUCCGCUGAGUUAAAACAUUUUACUAGUGUAUGUUGCAUUUGCAUUCAAGAGUUAAAUAAUAAAUAGCCCACCGCUGCACAAUGACAAGGAAAAUGGGUGCAUUCAUUUAUCUGUCUACCUCUGCAGUAUCAUAACAGGAAACUAUGGGGGUAAUUCCAAGUUGAUCGCAGCAGGAAAUUUUUUAGCAGUUGGGCAAAACCAUGUGCAAUGCAGGGGAGGCAGAUAUAACAUUUGCAGAGAGAGUUAGAUUUGGGUGGGUUAUUUUGUUUCUGUGCAGGGUAAAUACUGGCUGCUUUAUUUUUACACUGCAAUUUAGAUUGCAGAUUGAACACACCGCACCCAAAUCUAACUCUCUCUGCACAUGUUAUAUCUGCCUCCCCUGCAGUGCACAUGGUUUUGCUCAACUGCUAAAAAAUUUCCUGCUGCGAUCAACUUGGAAUAACCCCCUAUGAUUGUGCCACAUAAUUACUGUCUCUGUUAAUCCAAUAAAUCUGGUUUUUGACACUUCAGCAAGUCAUACUAAGGAGAAUCACAAGACAGCAAUAGCUACAUGUUCAUUUUGAAAAACAGACUUCUGGCUAUUAUUUUUCAUGUCACUUGGAAUAAUCCAUACAUUUGUAUACUACUGUUACAUAAUAUGAAUAAUAUAAUCUGUUUAUUUUAAAAUAACUAAAUUAUGAGUGUCAUGCCUAACUGAAAAAGAAUGCAAAUAUCAGCAGCAUUUUACCUCAUGAAAUGACACAAGCUGCGUUUGCUGUUGCUGUGUAUGCCAAGGUUUAGUCAUCACCUAACAGCAACAGUGACACCAAGAAAGGUGCUAUUAACAAUAAUACUAUAGAAGAAAUGGAAAUAAUAAAUUUCACUUGCUACCUACAAUUUGGGAACUGACCCAAUAUUCAGGUGUCCCUGGUUCCUAGGAAACUUUUUGGUUGCAUUCUGAUUAGUAUGGUUACAGUCCAUUUGUGUGCGGGGAGUGGGUAUUCUUUUAUGUGUUAUAACUAUGCAGAUUUUGUAUGGUAAACUAUUCUUUAUUCUGAAACACAUUAAAUAAUCAUAAUUCUUA